CCCUUCAUUUCGUUGAAAAAUAGAGAUAAACAUAUGUUCUAUCCUUUAUCUUAAGAAAACUUGUUAAUAAAUUUGGUAACAUUUUCUUAAGUUUCUUGCAUUAGUCAAGGUGGGAAUCUUGAAGUGAUUGCUCGUGCGUUGCUGUUGCAAGUUUUCUUAAAUUCUUGUUAAAAUAUUACAAUUUUAAGCGCAAUGGCUGAAGUUAACGAUAAAAUAGUAUUUCUAACAGGUGGUGCUAAUGGCAUUGGAGCUGUAGUUGUUAAAGAUUUCCUUCAUAAAGGAGCUAAAUUUGUUGCAUUUUUGGAUAUUGACAAUAAAUCCGGAUUGAAACUUGAGAAGGAAUUAGGUGAAGUUUAUGGAAAGGAUAAAUUGAAAUUCAUAAAAUGUGAUGUAACUAAUGAUGAACAAUUAAACGAAGCAUACAAUAAUGUGAUCAAAGAUAAAGGAUGCAUAGAUCUCAUCAUAAACAACGCAGGUAUAGGAAUAGAGACUUCGGAUAAUUACAAAAAAUUAAUCGACAUUAACUUUAAAGCACUGGUCACGAGCACAUUAAAGGGCCUGGAAUUUAUGAGAAAGGAUAACGGCGGCAAAGGUGGCACGAUUAUAAACAUAUCAUCAAUUGCCGCUUUAAUGCAAAUUGCUCCAACCUAUUUUGUAUACUUUGCGACAAAAAGUGCUAUUCUUCAGUUCAGCAACUGCAUGGGAUUGCAGAAUUAUUACGAUGUAACCGGUGUUCGUAUUAUCACAAUUUGCUUCGGGUGCACCGAGACCGCUUUACUCCGCAAUAUGAGCAGUUUUGAUUCCGUCGUCAAUCAACAAAUGGUACCUAUUGUUAAGCAGUUUCCUUUGCAAAGCGUGGAGUCUGCGUCACGAGGUUUAGUAGAAGUGUAUGAAAAAGGUGAUAGUGGCGACACCUGGUUGGUUUGUAAUAAUAAACCACCGCAAAACAUAACGCCAAGAAUUAGGAAGGCCUACGAGAUACUAUCAGAAGGUAUAUUCGAGUAAUAAGGGAACAUCUGAAACACAAUCGACAGCACAUUGAUAAAAAAAAUGGUGUUUGUAAGAAGAAAUAUUUGUAAUUACCAUUAAAAUAUGUUUUUUUCAUGCUA